AUAGAGCUCUCUGUCCCCCUCGCGACCUGAUCGUCAACUCCGUCCAAAGCAUCGAAGAGCGCGAAUCAGAACCGUCAGAAAUCCACCCCACACGGAUCAGCGACCAGCGCAAGAGUCUCAACCACCACUCCCAACACACCGUCCACAAUCGUCCACAUACAAUAUGCGCGACAUGCCUUCCAAAUUCAUCGAAAUCCUUGACCCCAACGACACUCACCCACGCAUUUCAGAAUGCGACGUCCGUCUAGAAGAUGUCCUGGCCGACCAUGAAGCCUUCGUCACCCGCCCGCGCUCCUCCACCCAGUCCUCCUCGAAGCCCAGUCUAGAUCGCGAAAACCCCACAUCACCCCGUUGGAAACGACUGAGCACCAUGCUCGUUCCAGCGGUGAGGCGGGGCUCCACGUGAUACCAGCCUUCCCUCCUUGCUCCUCUCCUCCCCUCCCCUGCACUAUCCACCAUGACGAAGACAAGGUCCCGGCGACCGUCACGAAUCCAUUCACUCACUCACAACCCACUACGAUAUAUACGAAAACAAAACAAAGACCUCAAGACAAUACAAGACAAGACGACAUACCACGAAGACAUGCUACUCGGGAGUUUGCUUAGACACGGGAUAAAUACCUUCAGCUCAGUUCGAUUUCGAUUUAGUUGGGCUAUUACUAUUAGCCUUAGCGAUGGAGUAGGCAGAAUCAAUUUGAAUUAUCGGGGAUACGAUGAACUCUGCUCUGCCCAUGUGGCUUGAAUUAUUAGCGAAAUUUCUUUCACCAUUCUUCUUCUAAUUCUUCUUUUCUUCCCCUCUUCCUCCCCUCUUCUUCUUUUCACCUCUUUUUUCCUUUCCUUUCCUUUCCUUUUCUUCUCUUCUUGAAAUUAAAAGCAGAAUACCUCGCGCCAACAAAUAACCAACGGGCUAGUCAGUCUCAGUAUUCCUUUGAUACCCAAUGAGUCAUUAUUACAGAACCGAUCUCAUCUAUUUUCA